CCCUUUGGAGAUGGAUCCAAAAAAAUAUUUGGUAUGGAAAAUUUUGGUAACACAUGCUACUGUAAUUCCGUUUUACAAUGCUUAUAUUACUCAAAGGAAUUUAGAGAAAAUAUUCUAUCUUUCCCCCAGUCUUAUUAUCAAGAAAAAACUGACAGAAGAAGGAAAAUAACUACCAUAGGCUCAAAACCCCAUCCCUUUGUACUAGCUGCCCAAAAACAACUGAAUGCAAACGAAUCAUCUCUGGACAACAACCCAAUAAUAAAUGGAAAUUUAAAAUCUAACUCAAAUAAUGCCAGUGCAUAUGCUGAUACAUCUGAAUAUGAUAAAAACGAAGAUAAAGAUAAAGACAAACAAAAUGACCCAUCUCCUCAGUCAACUAAUAAUGAACACCAAAUUAAUGGAAAUGUUAACAACAAUAACAACACAACCAACAACAAUAACACCAACUCAAAUAGUAAUAACAGUGAUGAUUUCUAUGCAAACUUCAACAUGUUAAAACAAUCAUCCCCAUUUAACCUCACCAUAAUUGGAAACACAGGAGAUCCCUCAUCUACUACUGAACAGAGAAAAAGAAAAGCAAUGCUCACUGGCCCUAUAUUGAAUAUUGAUCGCUCCUACAGUUCUUCUUAUCAAAUGUCUAAUUCAAUGUUUUCCGCCUUAAAAGAUAUAUUUGAAUGCAUGGUUGAAAACGAAAGCAAAAAAGGGGUUGUUAGUCCCUCAUUUAUAAUCGAGGUCCUAAAAAAAGAAAACGAACUAUUCAGAAGCUCAAUGCAUCAAGAUGCUCAUGAAUUUCUAAAUUUCUUAUUAAACGAGGUGUUUGAAGGUCUACUAACAAGUGAAACAAAAUGUUUAACUUGCGAAAAAGUAUCCUCAAGAGACGAAAAAUUCAUCGAUUUAUCAAUUGAUUUAGAAAAAGAUACUUCAAUAACCUCUUGUUUGAAACAAUUCUCCGCAAGCGAAAUUCUAACCGAAGAUAACAAAUUUUACUGUGACAACUGCUGUUCAUUACAAGAAGCUACGAAAAGAAUAAUAUUGAAAAAACUACCCAAAAUUCUAUCAUUGCACUUAAAAAGAUUUAAAUAUAAUGAGCAGCUACAAAGAAAUGUUAAAUUGUUUCAUAGAGUCAGUUUUCCUCUACAUUUAAGAUUAUUCAAUACUUCAAAGGAUACUUACAACCAAGAUCGUUUAUAUGAAUUAUACGGAGUGGUGGUUCAUAUUGGAGGUGGUCCAUACCACGGCCAUUAUAUUUCAUUAAUCAAAACAGAGCAUUUUGGUUGGCUUUUAUUUGACGAUGAAACUGUUGAACAAAUAGAUGAAAACUUUGUUCUAAGAUUUUUUGGAGAUGGGCCUGGUUUGGCUGCUGCUUAUGUUUUGUUUUAUCAUGAAAUCUCCGAAGAAGAUUAUUAUAAACAGACUUUAUAU